UUAUCAAAAUGGAGUAUCCCGGGAAAGUCAAAAUUGUUUCCACGUACAAACCAAGAAAACAUCCAUAUAGAGUUUCAAAAGUAUUACGUAGAGAAAUUCAUAGGACAUAUGAUAGGAUUUAUGCUACCAUAUAUGGUCAAUGUGUUGGUGAUGCCAUAGGAUUGCUGACAGAGGGACUAAAAAAAGAUGAGGUUAAAAAGCAUUAUAAAGAGGUGUAUGACAGGUUGGAAAUGGUUCACAAAAAGUGUUUCCCAGAUGCACACCGCAGGAAAUGGCAGAUUGGAGAUUGGACUGACGAAACAGAUCAGAUGAUCCUUAUACUACAGUCAAUUAUACAGAAAAAAUCUGUUGUUGAUCCGGUUGACUAUGCAAAACGAUUGAUGUGCUGGUCAGAACAAGGUAUACCAGAACUUGGUGAUGAGUGUAGCCCAGGUGUUUGUUCCCAGGUGAAGAAUGUUGUAAGCCAUCCACAGUUCUCCGAGGAACCAUUGAGAGCAUCUGAGAUUAUAUGGCGUGACUCAGGUAGACUGGCAGCCAGUAACAGUGCUGUGGCAAGGACAGCUAUUCUAGGUGUUCACCAAUAUGAUACUCUAGGUCAGGUCAUCAAAAAUACGCUGGAUAUAUGCAGGGUUACACAUUAUGAUCCAAGAAACAGAAAAAGAGGAUAUAAAUACUAG